CUGACUCUCUGUCCUCAGGCUCCCCAAUAUGGCCCUGCCCCCACGCCUGGGCCCUACACCCCCCUCAGAGCCCUUCAGCCACCCGCCUGGAGCCCCUAGGGAACUGAACACAUCUGGAUGCACCAUCUGCUCCGCCUCUGGAGAGGAGAGAAUCAGGUCAGAACAGGCCCAGAAGCUGGGGCAGGACUCCUUGGACCCUCCCGAGCCCUUCCAGGGUGGGCCGAGGGGCACUGAGCUUGCUGCUGGCCUCCCCAGAUUGCCAACGCCCCCUUCUCAUGAGGACUCGGCUGGGGCCAAACACCGUGAGCGCCCCAUCUCUGGCUGGGGAUUAGAGGCUGAGCAGGACAGCCUGCAUCUUUGCCUUUUGGGGCUGGGCCUCCGGCUGCAGGACCUGGAGCAAGGCCUGGGGCCCUGGGCAUCAGCCCAGAGCAGGAUGGUCCAGCUGCAGGCCCUACAGGCAGACCUGCGUGGGGCAGCUGAGCGUUUAGAUGCACUGCUGGUGUUCGGUGAGGGGCUGGCACAGCGGAGUGAGCCUCAGGCCCGGGCAUCCCUGGAGCAGGUCCUGAGGGCCUUCAGAGCCCACCGAGACAGCAUCCUCCGGCAGCUGUGGCGGCUGCAGGCCCAGCUGGUCAGCUACAGCCUGGUGUUUGAGGAGGCCAGCACACUGGAGCAGGACUUGGAGGUCGAGGGGGACUCAGACGGGCCAGGACCUGGUGGGGUCUGGGGGCCCUGGGCACCCAGUAGCCUCCCCACUCCCGCAGAGUUGGAGUGGGACCCGGCGGGGGACGUUGGGGAUCUCGGGCCUUUGGGGCAAAGGACAGCCUGGACACCAGGGACUCCCUGUGAGCUGUGUGGCCGCAGGGGCCCCCAGGGCAGGGGACAAAGCCUUGAGGACAUGCUCAUGUCAGGCCUCAGCCACCGGAAACACUUAACAGGUCACCGAAGACGGUCCCUGCUCCGGAAGUCUCAGGACAAGAUGAGGCAAGCAUCUCCCAAUGUCCAGGAUGUGAUGCUGGAGGUAGACCCUGGAUCCCCCACUCCUGCAUCCAGGCGGCCCCUGACCUUCCUCCUCCUCCUCCUUUUCCUUCUGCUGGUGGGUGCCACAUUGCUCCUGCCCAUGUCAGGGGGCUCCUGCUGCUCUCCUGCCCGACUGGCCAGGACACCUUACCUGGUGCUCAGCUAUGUCAAUGGUCCUCCCCCAAUCUGACUACACAGUCCAGACAUAUGUAAUAAAUGGUCACUGUCAAA